AUGUCGUCCGAGACCAAGGAAAUCGACUACUCUCUGGCUAACCCAGAUACCCUUACCAAGUACAAGACCGCCGCUCAGAUCUCCGAGAAGGUCCUUGCUGAGGUCUCAAAGCUCGUCGUCCCUGGCGCCAAGAUCGUCGACAUCUGCCAGCAGGGUGACAAGCUGAUCGAAGAAGAGGUUGCCAAGGUUUACCGAGGAAAGAAGAUCAACAAGGGUUUCUCCCACCCCACUACCGUCUCCCCCUCGUCCUACGUCACUCCCUAUACUCCUCUCACCUCCGACGAGGCUGAGGCCAACACCGAGAUCAAGGAUGGUGAGGCUAUCAAGAUCCAACUAGGUGCCCAGAUCGAUGGCUUCGGUUCCAUUGUCUGUGACACCGUGAUUGCCACCCCAGAGGACAAGGCAGGCGACAAGAUCACUGGUCGCACCGCUGACCUGGUUCUCGCCAACUACUAUGUCAACGAGCUUCUCCUGCGACUGAUGAUCCCCCCCGGUCUCCUCAGCCAGGGGAGCGAGGAGGAGAAGGCCAAGGCUGCCUCUCAGAAGGCCCCUACACAGGCCAAGAUCACCAGCCUCCUGGAAAAGGUCACCAAGGCCUACGAAGUUAACCUCGUCGAGAGCACCACCUCUUGGUUGUUCGACCACAACGAGAUUGAGGGUAGCAAGAAGAUUGUCCUUGCCCCCGCCGAGGGCACCAAGGGCGAGGGCGUUCCUGAGGUUGGUGAGGUAUGGGGUGUCGAGACCGGUGUCAGCCUGGGCUCGGGCAAGGUGAAGGGUCUUGACCAGCGUGCUACCCUCCACCGCCGCACCAACCAGACCUACGGUCUUAAGCGACCCACCUCGCGAAAGAUCCUCAACGAGGUCCAGAAGAAGUUCGGCAUCUUCCCCUUCAGCUUGCGACAGCUCGAGGACGAGCGUGAUGCCAAGUCUGGUGUCGUCGAGUGUGUCCGAGGCAACGUAUUCCGCCAAUAUGAGCUAGUUGGUGACAAGGACAACUCCCCUGUUGCUCGAUAUCUCACAACCCUUGCCAUUACCAAGAACGGUAUCACCAAGCUUGGUGGCCCACCUCCUCUGGACCUCGAGAAGUAUGAGUCCGACAAGAAGAUUGAGGAUGAGGAGGUUCUCAAGAUCCUGGAGCAGCCCCUAGCCAGAAACACCGGCAAGAAGAAGAGCAAGCCUAAGAAGAAGACCGCCAAGAAGGAGGACGAUGAAGAGUAA